GAAUGUAUAUUAAGUUUGCUAUUUCAGUUAGAGCUAAUUCUAAAAGGAGACCGACCGUACUGUAUUUUAGGCGAUAUUUGUAGAUAGCGUUACAUUUCAGUAGUGUGUGUGUGUGUUAACAUGAACAUGUUACUAACAAUAUUGGAUUAUUAGCAGCAGACAGAAAAGGUACAAUUACAUAGAUGAAGUUGUUAUCUAGUUUUUUUUUCAAGACCAUUUAUUUUUCUCACAAUCGUGUGAGUGGCAUUGUUAACUUCACGUGUCUUAAAUUAUGUGCAUACAUGCGGAAGUAUUGUAAUUUUCAGAUUAGUUUAGUUUACACAUUGUGAUAUGUGAUACACGUGCUGGAAAAGUUAAUUGUGAGUGAACAUUUCUUAAAAUUUUAGAAUUGCACAACUAAAUAUGACGGUAAUAAGGACAAGAAAAAAAUACAAGGUGGUGGGGGUUUUCAUAAUUGUGAUAUUUCUGAAACUCUCCUGUGCAUCGGGAUAUUUGCUCGAGUUGGCAAAAUAUAUACCUUCCGGGAUCCAAGUCCCGUCUUGGAUCACGUAUCAAAAUCAGGAUAAGACAAGUGGAAAGAGAUUUUCGAACAAUGCGGUCGGCAUUAUACGAGGGAAUGGCUACCCCGUGGAAGUCCACAAUGUCAUUACGGACGACGGAUUUAUUCUCGAAAUGCACAGAAUCCCACGAAUUUUCCCAUCGCAAAAUAUGCUCCCAGUGCUUCUGAUGCACGGAAAUUUGCAAUCUUCGGCCGACUGGGUAAUCAAUUCCCCAGCAAAUAAUUCAUUCGCAUUUAUCCUGUUCGACAUGGGAUACGACGUGUGGCUUGGAAACCACAGGGGCAACACGUACUCCAAGCGUCACUCCUUGUACAGCAUAAAUUCUGCCAAAUUCUGGGAUUUCAGUUUCCAUGAAAUGGGUCAGUACGAUUUUCCAGCUUUGGUGGAUUACGUCCUGAAACAAACUGGUCACUCGAAACUUCACUAUAUCUCGUUUUCCUACAGCACUACGGUUUUUAUUGCUGGUCUCACUUUAAAACCGGAAUACAAUGCAAAAAUCGCGUCAGGAAUUGUAAUGGGACCCAGCGUAUUUCAAGCCAACUUUGCUAACGGAUUGUUCUACUAUUUUUCAUUCUCAGCGAAAUUGAUAAGUGCAUUUAUGGAUAUUUUCGGAACAAUUCCACUCCUACCGCAUUUCUACACUUCCCUGUUAAACGUGAUCCUUCCUAUUUUCUGCAACCCAAAAUUCGACGUAAUUGGAAUUUGUCCCAAUUUUAUCCGCCUAGCUUUAGGAGACGAUGGAAAUCUCAUCAGAAAGGAGCAACUUCCCCUCAUCACUUCGGUCGCCCCAGCUCCAUCAGGUCUCAAGCAAGUGAAUCACCUCCUGCAGCUUACGGGAUCCAGAAAUUUUGUACAAUACGAUUACGGUCGAGCUCGAAAUAUCCAACUUUACGGAGCGAUUAAGCCUCCGUCGUAUAAUUUAAGUGAGAUCAGAGUCCCGAUAGCACUUUUUGUGGGGGGCUACGACUUCAUAGCGCAUCGUGAAGAUGCGAAAAAGUUGGCGUCGAAAUUGCCAAAUUUGUACGAGUAUUAUAAUGUUCCUUAUAAGCAGUUUUGCCAUAUAGACUUUACCUACGGAAGAGAGGUAGCGGCGGAUGUGUAUUUUCAUGCAGUUGAUAUUAUGAAGAAGCAUGACCCUUGAAAUUGGGAAAAUUUCAAUUACUGUGAUACUAGUUUGAACCUUUUUUUUAGGAAUUUUUGCAACAAUUAGUAAAGUAUGUGUUUAAUAUUUUUGCCAUAAUUAUUUAUUUAUACGAGCUUAUUUAUUCUCGGUUUUAUGUAGGUAUGUAUGUAUUUGUGGAUUAAUUUAAAAUAAAAAGCAAUCAGUAUUAUUGCAAA